AUGAGUAGCAUCGGAUAUGACCCUUACUAUUCCACCUCGUCAUAUAGACGCUGGUAUGUCGAGGCUCCCCCUCGUGUGGUUACCAGAGGGAGAACCCACUCCAUCUACUCUUCCCAUGCCUCCCCAAUGUCCUCCUCUCGUCUGCAGUACUCUUCUCCCGGCCGAGUGCUGCUCUCCUCCUCCUCACCAGCCUCUUCCCUGGAACUGGAGCUCAGCCAGGCGGCCCAGAUCAGCUCUGACUUUCGUGCCGUACGCACCCAAGAGCGCAGCCAACUGCAGGAUCUCAACGACCGCUUUGCUGGGUUCAUUGAGAGAGUGCGUGAGCUGGAACAGCAGAACCGUGCUCUGGAGGCAGAGCUGCUGCUGCUGAGGCAGAGGCACUCUGAGCCGUCUCGUCUGAGAGCACUGUAUGAGCAAGAGGCCCGCUCCCUGAGAGCAGCUAUGGACGAGGCCAGGGCAGAGCAACAGGCUGUCCUGGGCCAGAGAGAUCGACUGGAACAAACCUUGAGCGCCUUGCAGGGUCGAUAUGAGGAGGAGGUGCUGGCUCGUGAAGAGGCCGAGGGUAGGCUGAUGGAGACCCGUCGUGAGGCCGACCAGGCUGCCUUAGCUAAGGCUGAGCUGGAGAAGAGUGUUGAAACUCUGCUGGAGGAGCUGGCCUUCCUCAAGAGGAUUCAUGAAGGUGAGGUGGCCGAGCUUCAGGCCCAAGUCCAGCUAGGCGUCCAGAUGGCUGUAGAGUCUGAGGCCGCCACUCCGGAUCUCUCUGGGGCUCUCAGGGAUAUCCGGUCCCAGUAUGAGAGGCUGGCAGCAAGGAACAUGCAGGCAGCUGAGGAGUGGUUCAGAGGAAAGGUGGGCUCCCUUACUGAAACUGUGGCCCAGCACAGUGAUGCCGUGAGAAACUCCAAGGACGAAGCAGGAGAGUACCGACGCCAGCUCCAGGCCCGCCUGCUGGAGAUUGAUGCAUGCAGAGGCCUCAAUGAGUCCCUGGAGAAACAGCUGCAUGAGAUGGAGGAGAAGCAGAGUGCUGAGAUAGCUGUUAUGCAGGACACCAUUGGAGAGUUGGAGGGUGAUCUGAGGGGCACCAAACAGGAAAUGGCACGCUACUUGAAGGAGUACCAGGACCUUCUGAAUGUCAAGAUGGCGCUCGACAUCGAGAUUGCUGCAUACAGGAAGCUGCUGGAAGGGGAGGAGUCUCGCUUCAGCGUUGGAAUGGCUGGGGGAGUGUCCUCGUUGUACAGCCACAGUUUGUCAGCGCCCUCCUACGCAAGGCCCGUCCUCUCCAGCCUGAGCUCUGGCGCCUCCUACCUGAUGACAUCACGCCUGCUCAGCUCCAGCGUCAGCACCACCGAGGGAAUCAUCUCUGCUAGUCACGCCCGGCAAGCAGAGGCCAGCCCACCCGCGGAAGAGGAGGAGGCAGCAGAGGAAGAAGAGGAGGAGGUAAAGGAGGAAGAGGAGGCAGAGAAGGAAGAAGAGGGAGGAGAGGAGACGGAGGAGAAAAAGGAGGAAGAGGAAGUGGAGAAGGAAGAGGAAGAAGGAGGAGAGGAGGAGGGAGAUAAAGAGAAAGAAGAUGAGGAGGAAGCUAAGGAGGGAGAUGAAGAGGCCAAGGGGGAAGAGGAGGGUGGUGAUGACGAGGAGCAAAAGGAAGAGGUGACAGAGGCUGCUGAAGAUAAGGAGGAGGAAGAGGACAAAGGAGAAGAAGAGGAGACUGAAGUCAAACAAGAAGCACAAGAGGAGGAAAAAACAGAAGGAGCUGAUGACAAAGAAGAGGAGGCAAAAGAAGAAGAAAAAGAAGAGAAGGAAGAAGCAAAAAAGAGUGAAGAGAAAGAAGAGAAAGUUGAUGCCAAGAAAGAAGACAAAGCAGACGACAAAGAUGACAAAGCUGCUCCAAAAACAGAUGACAAAGCUGACGCCAAAAAGGAGAAGGAUGAAGAAAAAGUGGCCAAACCUGAAGCUGCAGAACAAAAGAGCACAAAGGAUAAGAAGUAAGCCAGCAGCCUCAGCAAACUUCAAUCAAGACUGUCCACAUACAGACCACAGCUCGAUAACCAGUAGAGGCAUCAGCGCUAUCCUCUCAAAUCUGCUUGUUAACAUGGUGCUCAAGAAAACAGUCUAAUAGCCAUUUACAGCAACAAAUCAAGGUUAACUGCUUGCCAAUAUCAAAAGUAGUCCAUAAAGGUCUGCUUGCACACUUCCUAAUGUGAGAGUGUAAUAC